AUGGCACUGCCGGAGCAAACAGCUGCGCCCCAGGCCUGGGGCCGCUGGCAGCAACAGCCAGCCGGCCACGACUAUGGCAUGAUGGAUAACUCGACCUUUGUACAGUACGAUUCGAGGGCGGCAACGUCUGCUCCCAUGAACGGCGCCAUCAUGGCUCCUCAAUACAUGGUCGCCCCCCAGUACAAUAUGACGCAAAUGCCGGCCAUGGGGCACCAAUGCCCAACCCAAAACCACUUCGCCUACACGCAGUACGAUUCGUCUCCGACCAACAUGAACAUGCCUUUCAGACUUCCGCCCCAGCCAGAGCGGCCAGUCAUGCCCGUGGCAGCUUCGGAGCACGAUAUCCCCCGGGCUAGCUCUUACCCGCAAGAAAGCCCAUCGGUCAAAAACGACCGGCACCGGAGUCCUUCCAGUCGUAGUGAGACGAAGAUGAGCAACCCCAAGACACCUCACCCGCUCAACACCAAGGAAAUCAAGUACAACAAGCCUACGAGUGCUGAUCCUGUGAACUUCACCACUGCCAUCGACACCCUUAUGAAGGCCAUCCAGAAGAGAAACGAUUCAGAGGAUAUUGUCAAAGGUGUUCCGGAGAUCGAGCAGGUUGUCAAGCCGGAGCGCAUGUUGUCUCUCGAGCCCGAGGCUGGGUCUAUUGCCCCCGUUCAAGCACCUGCACCUAUUGCAACGGAAUCUACGGAUGCCCCCAAGCCCAAGCGAUACAUCUGCGACGUCGAGGGCUGUGGCAAGAGCUUCUACCAGAGCACUCACCUGGACACUCACAGGCGCGCCCACACUGGCGAGAAGCCAUAUCAAUGUAACUGGCCUCGCUGCGGACGCACCUUCUCGCAGCCAGGUAACCUCAAGACUCACAUGCGGCGCCACACAGGCGAGAAACCAUUCCGAUGCGAGCAGUGCAGCAAGGUCUUUGCGCAGCGCGGCAACCUCCAGACGCACAUGGCAACGCAUACGAACGCGAAGCCGUUUGUCUGCAAGCUAGACGACUGCAACAAGAUGUUCACUCAGAGAGGAAACCUCAAGAAUCACCAAAACAAGUACCACGAGAAGACUCUCAUGGAGAUGACUGAUUGGAUCGUCUCGAUUUCCGACAUCGAUGCUCUGUCCGACGACCAGAGAGAGAUGUACUGGUACUUUGCCAACUUGUACAAGAACAGCAACAAGGGAAUCAAGGGCCGCGGCAAGGACCGCAGGGUCAGCAACCGUGGCGCGAAGUCCAGGACGGCGCCUUCAUCCUACCCCGUCAAGCGGGUUCCUGGGCCCGCCAGCCUAGCGGCGUACAGCUCGAAGCGUCUCCCUCCCCCAGAGCAGUACAUGCAGCAGCAGCAACACCACCAGCACGGUUAUGAGGUCUACGACACCGACAUGGACCAGUCCUCAAGCGCAAGCAGCCCCAGAUACGACGGCCUGCCCGCCACUUACCGUGACCGCAUGUACCAGCAGUCGACCCACGCAAUGUACUGA